AUGAAGAUGUUGACUAGAACCAUUUUGUUCUUUCUCGGAACCAUGGGCAUGCUAAGCAUGGUGAGCAUAACCAAAGAGGGGGGCACAAGUCCAAGACAACUGAAACUGAUUACCAACUACUAGGUACUUGCGGCCUAUGGUGAUCCCGCCGUUGAACACGGUAGAACCAAGUUCAGGGACAGAAGCCUCGAAACUAGACAAGUAAGCAUGCCAUGUCUCUUUCCCACGGAAAAUAGUAUAAGGCUAACAAAACUGUACAGCAACACGCUCUAUGCGUCUGUGAUCAGCAUGGCUGGCAGCCAGCGGGGGGGGGGGAUCUUACCAACAGAUUGUAAAUGACCUCCGUAGACGCAGUAGUGAUCAAUGUACGGUUAAGGCAAGAUCUGUCAACCGUGUCAGAUGCGCAGGAGGUGGUAACGCGGACAUAAUUGAGUUGUGGAACGAUGUAAGUACCUUCUUACUAGUAUAUCCAUAGCAAUGCUAACAGCUCAAACUCAGUCGGGAAGUGAACAGAGCGUGCCUUGCGGCACGGUAGCAGACUAUGCUGAAGAUAUCAAAACAUCAUGUCAGGGUUGUGGGCAGAAAUUCGGCGGCCCCCAUAAUGAGUGGGAUGUUGUUCUUCGUUCUGUAGAGAGUGCGAAAGGAGAGGGGGGCUGUGAAAUGCAUCUUGAAGGAAUUGGUCAUGCGAAAGAUUAG